AUGAGGAGAACUUGCACAUGCAUUUACCACUUCCUUGUUUGGAGCUGGUAUCUUUUUCUCAAUUACUACAUCUCGCAGCAAGGAGGGGACCAGCGGAAAUCCAAAAUCUUUCUAAAUGGUGGACAGUGGAAAUACUUGACCUUCCUAAAUCUGCUCUUGCAGGCCAUUUUCUACGGGGUCGCCUGCGUGGAAGAUGUGCUGAAAAGAAUUAAAGGGGAAAGAGACCUUAAGUUCGUGACCGCCUUCAGAGACCUGCUUUUUACCACGCUGGCUUUUCCAAUAUCCACAUUUGUAUUUUUGUCGUUCUGGAUCCUCUUUCUCUACGAUCGAGAGCUCGUUUACCCGAAGGCCCUAGAUGAUAUCUUUCCAGAAUGGUUGAAUCAUGCAAUGCACACAUCCAUACUGCCCUUCUCGCUGGUUGAAGUCAUCCUGAGGCCACAUUGCUACCCGCUGAAGAAGAAAGGACUCACUUUGUUGGCUGUGGCCAGCCUCACUUACAUCAGCAGGGUCCUAUGGAUCUACUCUGAGACCGGUACGUGGGUGUACCCUUUGUUUGCCAGACUCAGCCCAGUGGGGCUGACAGCCUUCUUCUCCCUCAGCUACAUCUUUACCGCCAGCAUUUAUCUACUUGGAGAGAAGCUCAACCACUGGAAAUGGGGUGACAUGAUCCAGCCAAGGAAGAAGAGGAAGUGA